CACGAAACUCAACUCGCAUAUCAUCAAAACUCACUCAAAAGGAAAUACAGAGAAUUCAAAAAAAAAAAGAGAAGAUUCUUAGUGGUAUGGUAAAAGGGAAAGCAGAGAUGGUAAUGGAAGAGAAACUCGUGAUCAACGAACUAGAACAAGGGAGAGAGCUAGCGAAACGUUUGAUGAGCAAUCUCAAAGACACUUCUUCAGCUGAAUCCAACAGAAACUUAAUCUCUGAAAUCCUCAGUAUCUACCAGAAUGCUAUUUCCAGGUUGAGCGCCACCGAAGAAGACGACAAUAACAUCCUUAAACGAAGCCGUGAGAUCGAUAACAAAGAUUCUAAAGAAGUGUUUAAAAAGAGGAAAAUUUCAGAGAAGAAAACAGAGAAAGUUAGUUUCUUUGUCGGAGGAGCAGGACAAGAAAAGGGCUCCAUAGAUGAUGGUUAUUGCUGGAGAAAGUACGGCCAAAAAGAGAUUCACGGAUCCAUAAACCCUAGAGGAUACUUCAGAUGCACGCAUCGAUUCACGCAGAACUGUUUAGCAGUGAAGCAAGUCCAAAAAUCAGACACAGAUCCUUCUAUUUUCGAAGUGAAGUAUGUCGGAAACCACACUUGUAACAACACUACUACAUCAUCCCCUAAGACACCUAUCACCACGAACUUCUCUGUUUCUAUGUGCGAAGGAGGAAACAGAGUAGAUAUUGUUACAGAGAAACAAGAAGACAUCAUCAAACCGACGAAAACAGAGGAAGCGACGAUGAUGAUGAGUCUUGCAGAUCUGGAGAGCAAGAAGAACAUUUUCAGGACGUUUUCUUUCUGUAACUACGAGUUUGAGAAUGCUGCUGGUGGUGGUUGGAAAGGUAACAUCUUCGAGGAGAAUCAGCUGUCUCCUGCGACGACGUCAGGGUCUGGAAUCACUAGCGAGAUUGUAACUGGUCCUGCUGCUUCUGUUGAGAACUCGGAAACUGCAGAUUCGUAUUUCUCGUCGUUGGACAAUAUUAUCGACUUUGGACAGGAUUGGUUGUGGUCAUUUUGACAUUUGAAUUGGUGAAUGUAAUAUUUAAUGUGGUAGUAAUUAUAUAUAUAUAGAUGGUGACUGGUGAGUGUAAUAUUACCCCUUAAGGAUUAGAUUUAUAUGUUUUUGCUGAUGGAUUAGAGAUUGGCUUCUCUUUUUUCAAUAGGGGAGGGGUUUGUUAAUUCCCAUUGAAGUUUAAUGGUUCUUUGAUGAUGAUAAUCAAUAAAUAAAAUGUUACUAUUAGUUUACAAAUUGGAGUGACUAAAAUUAUAAUGUUUUUGUUAACAAAAAAAGAUAUGAACAAAUCUUAGAGUACAAUGGGCCUUAAGCCCAAUAAAAGAAUUAACAGCCCAAUCGCAUAUAUUAACAGAGACUUGUUCAGUUAGAUAGAGUAAAUCCUCAGAGAUCCAUCGCCGGAGAAGACGACAAGAGAAGCUAAACGAAGAAGAAGAUGAUAUACCGAAAGUGGAGUCUGCUUUCCGGUCCACCGGUAAUCCUCGGCGAAGCUGUAGUUGCCGGGAUCGCGGUCGGCAUCGUCUUACAGAACGUUACGAAAGGAGAGCAGAAGAAGAAUGUUGAAAACAAGUGAAAUGGAUGCUACGAUAUACCGUGGUGUUUGUUAAUCGUGCGAGUUGAGAAAACAUUUUAGUUCAAUGGAUUGUGUUGUAAGCUUAAUAUAAUGCUUUUUUGGAAGCUUUUGAAUUCUACACUUGUAUUUUUUUUUUUCAGUUUCUUGUUGCUAAUAAUGACAAAUUCAUUUCUCACUC